CUAGAUAAAGUGGGGAUAAAUAGUUAUACGAGCAUUAUUUUAAUUUUAAGAUAAGUUAUAUGUGAGAUAUAGUGAAACAACUGAAUAAUAUAAAUCGGAUCACGUGACUUCUCUUUGUUUUCGUAAAACACAAAACAAAACCGCUUUACCUUUAGUUAAAUUUAAUUAAUACUAAAUAAACGUUUACAAUAAAAGUUCAAUGAAAUAUUCAAGAUGAAAAACUAUAAAGUUAAACUUAAUAAUAAAUGUGACACUAGUUAGCUAUGUGACACUAGCUAGCUGAUAAAUAUGGGACGUGUUUAAGCAUGCAAACUAAAUUCUUUCAAGAUCGCAUUGAGAAAUGCAUAUUGAUAUAUUGGAUUACAAACAGUUGAUACGAUGUAUUUUAUAAAAUGGAGGUAUCUGGAAAGGUAACUUCGACAUCAAAGACGAACUUUAACCUCUACUGUAUUACGUGUGAUACAGAUGGAUUAAAGGAGCCAGCUCACGGAUUUUGUCAAGACUGCCAAGAACAUCUUUGCAAAAGUUGCCUUCAACAUCAUAGAAGGUCAAGGCUUUCUAGAAACCACGUAUUGCUUGAUAAAGACGCAAUGCCAACACAACAAACGACCAUUGACGACGUAAAUGCAGAAGUAAUUACGGACAACUGUACCAACCAUAGGGAUAAACAACUGGAGUUCUAUUGUAACAAUCACAAAACUGUAGCAUGUUAUGUCUGUGUUACACUUGAACACAAACAAUGCAAAGUUGAUUAUAUUCCUGAUGUUUCAGGUAACAUAUCUGGCGACUUGAUAGAUUUGAACAAAAAGAUGAAAAAUUUAGUCAAGAAAUGUGAAAAUAACAUUAUGAAGGCUUCAGCUGCUACAAAGCAACUAGAACAAAGUCGUGGAAAAGUUGUUGAAGACAUACGACUCUUGAGAAAAGAAAUAAACGAUCGGUUAGAUCAGAUGGAAUCUAUGAUGAUAAAAGAAGCUGAAGCUGUUGUUAACACAGCAACCUACAAACACAAGAAUAUCACAGUUGCUUGUGAAAAAAUAGCCGAGGAUGUGAAACGUUCACAGUCAUUUCUUAAUGCCUUGAAGGAAGCAAACAAGAAUAAUAAGCUUUUCAUUGAAUUGAAAAAUGUCAGACCUCGUUUGAUGACACUGGAAAGUGAGGAAAUACAGACUGUUAAAGAGAACAUGACAUAUGACGACAUUCAGUUUGACCGGAACGAAAAGCUGCUUGAUCAACUGAAAAGUGAGACAAUCUUUGGAACAAUUUCCACAUACAGAAAAUCAUCAACAGAUAUUGAAAUAUGUGUCAAAUAUGAAAGAUCGCUCAACGUGACAUUUCCUUCUGAUGAAGAACAAAGUGAUGUUUUUGGGAUGGUAACGAUUUCUGCUUCACACAUGAUCUUAGCUGACUACGGAAAUAAAAAAAUUAAAAUGAUAGAUGUAGACACAGGAACGCUGGUGUCUGAGAAGACCGUGUCUUCAGCACCAUGGGAUGUUAUUAAACUUCCACAAAAUAAGCUUGCUGUUGCAUUACCUAAUGAAAAAUGUAUCCAGAUAAUGUCUUAUAAUAAUACAAGUUUGACAUUAGAUCGUCGUGUAAAUGUCGGUGAAGAGUGUGAUUGUGUAGCUUAUAGUCAUGACAAGCUAGUAGUAGGCUGUAAUUGUAAUCCAGGGAAGAUAGUUAUUCUGGAUUUAGACGGGAAAUUGAUACAGGUGAUUGAUAUUCCUGGAUUGUUUGAAGAACCUGAAAAGAUUGUUAUCAGCAGUGAUGAGAAGUUCUUGUAUGUGGCUGAUUACAUCAAUAUCAUAGAUGGAAAAUGUACAAAGAUAGACUGGCAAGGUAAUGUUGUAGAAAGCUUCACGGAUCAAGGAUGUGAAGGUCCUAAGGGAAUUCAGGAGCUGGAAGAUGGUACGUUGUUAGUUUGCUUCCGUGAAAGUAACAAAAUUGUCAGAUUGUCAAGCAGCUUCAAGAAAUGUGAGAUCACAGGAUUAGAAAGAAUAAACCUUGAUAGUCCGCAGGCCGUAACAUUCAGUGAAAGAACUCACAAAUUAUAUGUCAGUUGUUCUUCUGAGAAGGAGCGUAGUUCAAAUGAUACAAUAAAGGUUUUCAAUAUGCAAUAUAGUAUUGCGAAUAUUUGCUGCAAUGUGACACAUUUAAUGUGAUCAGUGAUAGUGACACGUCAACUUAUAGGGUACAAACUAAACACACAUCUUGUAAUCAAAUUUAAUAAAAUAUUGAUAUUCAGAAUAAUAUUUUAUUACAAAUAUAUAUAUUAAAAGUAGAUAGCAUCUUUCAAUUCCAAAAAAUUAAUAAAUUAUGAUGAUCAUUUAUUUAUUAUAUGUUAAAGAACAAUGGUCUGUUAAUUUGAAUUUUCAGUUACUUAUUUACUUGACCAAUAAAUAUCUCCGUUUUGAAUUUAAUUAAUAUGUCUGCUCCGAAGAAAUAUUAACCUUUUA